AUGCCGGCGACCGCUCAAGUCCCACCCUUCCUAGCAGCCUCCUUUUCAGCUCAGCUUGGAGAGGAAGCCGUAUCAAGCCUCGCGGUACCAGCUGGAGCGCGCCCUGCCUCUGCUUCUGCACCUCCUGCUCCUACCUUUGACGUUGCAGGCACAACCGUCGUUGCGGAUAUUCAGAGCAACGUUUCAAGCAGUCCAACUACAGCCGACUCUACCACACACGGCAAGGAUGUCAGAGAGUCGAAGGCUCAGCCGCUCGGUCAGCCGGCCGUCUCAGGUUCAGCGACGUCCUCGGACCAUGUCAAGCUUACACGGGUCUCCAAGGGCGGCUUGGCUGCUGCUGCUCCCGUAGGCGCCACCCUGGACAUUUGGGCAGCUCAAGCUCUCGUUGUGCCUCCCCUCAACUUCGACAUGGUUGUGCCGGGCGUGUACAGAUCUGGUCAUCCCAACGAGCGCAACUUCGAAUUCAUGCGCAGACUUGGCCUCAAGAGCAUCAUGUGAGUCCUCUGCAUGCCAGUCUGGCACGUUGUUGUCAGCGUCACCUCAUUCCAGCGUAAGUGCGCUUCUUGCUCUUCGUCAGGUACCUCGCAGCCGAGGACUACCGUCCGCACGUCGUCUCAUGGGCAGAAGAGAAUAAAGUCAAGGUUUUGCAUCACCGCAUCAGCGUCAACAAGGAACCUUUCGCAGAGAGUGAGCUCGGUGAUCCCAAGGCGCAGCUUGCAGGGUAAGUGACAUUGACUCGUCUUCAUCGCUGGCAGUGGAGCCCGAUGCCGUGGCUGCGGCGAUGGGCGACCUGCUCGAUCGUAGAAACUUGCCAAUGCUCGUACAUUGCAACAAAGGUGGGUCUGAGCUGUUCCAGCCGAUCGCCAUUGAGACCAUCGCUCAAGCUGCAGAUUGACAUCCCACACUAGGCAAAUAUCGGGUUGGAGUGUUCGCAGCACUCGUACGUAAGCUCCAAGGUUGGACCUUGACCUCGAUCUAUGCCGAGUAUGAGCGAUUCGCCGGUCAAAAAAUCACAGACGAAGAGGUGCGUCGGCGCAGUCGCGGUCCCAAAGUGCCAUCUGAUCAAAGUUGCUCGCCACUUCUUAUGCGCAGUUUAUUGAUCUUUUCGAGCUGUCAUCAAUACGGUGCGACCCAGCAUACAAGCCAAGCUGGUGUGCUAGAUAA